GUUUUUUUGGGGUCACAUUAAAGCCAAGAUUAAGAUUUAUCCUGGGAAUAUCUUGCGAAACAAAUUAUAUUCAAUUAGCUGCUGUUGUAUAGCGAUUUGUGCAGGGUUUGUGGGGGGCAUUAACAUGCUCAUUCAGGUAACGACUUACAGGUAAAAAGUAAAUAAUCAAAAGUGAUAAAAGCAAGUAGUAAAUGGUCAUGGUACCAGGACCCGGUUUAGAAGGACCCCAUCAAUAUACCAGGACCCAGUUUAGAAGGACCCAAUCAUGGUACCAGGACCCGGUUUAGAAGGACCCCAUCAUGGUACCAGGACCUGGUUUAGAAGGACCCCAUCAUGGUACCAGGACCCGGUUUAGAAGGACCCCGUCAUGGUACCAGGACCCGUUUUAAAAGGACCCAAUCAUUGUUCCAGGACCCAGUUUAUAAGGACCCAAUCAUUUUACCAGGACCCAGUUUAUAAGGACCUAAUAUUGUACCAGGACCCGGUUUAGAAGGACCCAAUCAUUGUACCAGGACCCAGUUUAGAAGGAACCAAUCAUUGUACCAGGACUCGGUUAAGAAGGACCCAAUCAUCAUACCAGGACCCAGUUUAGAAGGACCCAAUCAUUGUACCAGGACCCAGUUUAGAAGGACCCAAUCAUUGUACCAGGACCCAGUUAAGAAGGACCCCAUCAUGGUACCAGGACCCGAUUUAGAAGGACCCCAUCAUGGUACCAAGACCCGGCUUAGAAGGACCCAAACAUGGUCCCAGGACCUGGUUUAGAAGAACCCAAUCAUAGUAGCUUGGAUUUAAACCCCUAUGUUCAUUAAAAAAAAAUCUUGCUUCUUUUUCCCCAGAAAAUAUUUAAUUAUUAUUUUUUAUCGGUUACAUGGCAUUACAUCUACCUAGUCUAAAACACCGAAUCUGAUUUCACAAUUUUGUUUUUAAACCACAAAUAAUUUUGACUCAGUUAUCAGAUCAUCGCUCGGGCAAGGUGUUAUAACAUCAAUAAGGGUAACUGUUUGAAGGUGAUGUUUAAAGAAAGCAAAUGUUUCGAGAAGAAAGUUGAAGAAACAUAAGUAGAAGGUAAGUUUCAAUUUAUAUUCCGAAGUAGUGAUCACUAAGAAAAAGGAAAAGGAAAAAGGAGAAACAUGAUAAAAUUUUCCUAUGACGUCAUGGAAGGGAUGCCUACUUAUACAGGUUUGCAAGCUUUAGAUGGCCAGUAUUACUGACUGAAAGUGUCUAACAAGCAGAGAAUCGAUAUGUAUGCCUAUUUUGGUUUGUGUCUUGCUCUGAGCGCUUUCGGAGGAGUCGUUCUUCCUCUGCCCGUACCGCAGCCUCAACACACGCUUGACAUGGAGGUCACGAGAGGCUCCGAGUUCCAGGACGCUGCCGAGGGCGCCUUCAGUUUGAUCACGAAGAUCCUCGGUGAAAUCCCCGCCGUGCACAAAUCCCUGAUCCACACUAUGACGCUGUCUCUAAACGAGAGCGAUUUGAGCGAACUGCAGUUCCUCAAGGAGUCCCUGGGUUUACCCCAACCGAGUCCUCUUCAACCCAUUUCGGACGACUUCACACUGGACACCUCCUUGGGUCGCAUUGCCGAGGGUCUGAAGCUGCACAAGUUUCUCCUGAAGGUGAUCACAGAGCAGGUACACUUUAAAUCCAAGAAGCUAAGCGGAAUCCUGUACGACCUGCGGGACACGGUACUGCACGUCCACAAGAUGCAGCAUUUGAUCAAGGCAUCGAUUGGACCCGAGAAGGUUUCCGAAAGCCAGCUGCGGGAGGAUUUAGCUCCUAAACUUGAAAACGGUUACAUGUCCCAAGUGGCAGCACAUCUGACCAUUAUCCAGCUGAGAGAGUUCGCCAAGGACGUCAGCCGCAGCCUCCAGGGCAUGAUCAUUACUUCAGUAGAACAAGAGCUUCAGGAUUCCUAAAACUCUCCUGGAAGUGUUCGGGAUGAGUGAUUUUUUUGGACUGUGCCUGGCCACUGUUUGUUUACAUGAUUUUAUUAUGGUUGAAAGCAAACAUUUUACAUGAAAUACAAUCCAAAUAUUUAUUUAUUUGCUUAUUUAUUUAAUCCCACACCCAUCGUCUAUUGGAGGAUUUAUGAGCUCAUGGUCAUUUGAUCUCGAUUUAACCCUUGUGACUUACCAUGUGAUGAUGAGUUUUAAUCAUCACUGAUUCAAGCGACUUUAUCUAUAUUAGAUUAAAAUUUUUUUUUGGGAUGAAUGUAUUUUAUCAGUACAAUUUUUUUAUAUCAGUAUUUAAAUGUCAUUUUUCUGUGCUUACAAAAUAUAUAUACACUUAUUUAUUUGCUCGUAUUUAAAAUGUUUUUGUCUGAUGCCACUUAUUCUAUUUAUACCUCUAUGUAUAAUGUAAAAACUGUUUUAAGAACUAUUUAUUGGAAGCAAUUUUUGGCAACAGAUGAUAUUUCACCAUUUGUUCAUUGAUUGUAUUUUAUAUAAUAAUUGAAAUGUUUUCCGUUUUGAAAAAUGACUACUUUUUUUUAUUUAACGAACAAAA